AUGGCGGCUGCCCCCGGCGUUGCGCGGAGUCGGUUCGUGGUGGUGGGCGGAGGAAUCGCAGGGGUUACCUGCGCGGAGAAGCUGGCCAUGGAAUUCCCAUCAGAAGACAUUUUUUUGAUGACAGCUUCUCCAGUUAUAAAAGCUAUAACGAAUUUCAAACAGGUCUCCAAAACACUUGAGGAAUUUGAUGUAGAAGAGCAACCAAGUUCUCUAUUAGAAAAACGAUAUCCCAAUAUUAAAGUUAUACAGUCUGGAGUAAAACAAUUGAAAAGUGAUGAACAUAAAAUUUUCACUGAAGAUGGGAAAGAAUAUAUGUAUGAAAAACUUUGCCUGUGUGCUGGAGCAAAACCAAAAUUAAUUUCUGAAGAAAACCCAUAUGUGUUAGGAAUCCGGGAUACUGACAGUGCACAGGCUUUUCAGAAGAAUUUGGCUCAAUCUGAGAGAAUAGUAGUGGUAGGAAACGGUGGGAUUGCACUUGAAUUAGUGUAUGAAAUCCAAGGCUGCGAAGUAAUCUGGGCUAUCAAAGACAAAGCCAUUGGGAACACUUUUUUUGAUGCAGGAGCAGCUGAAUUUCUCAUUCCAAAGCUAACUGCUGAAAAACGAGAGACUCCAAUUGAAUGUAAAAGAACCAAGUAUACAGUGGAAGGAAGUGAGGAAAAAGAAAGACCUACAGCAGCAUCUGACAAACUUGGCAGUGCCUUAGGCCCUGAUUGGCAUGAGGGCUUACAUCUUAAAGGGACUAAAGAGUUUUCUCAUAAAGUACAUAUUGAAAUACUAUGUGAAGUAAAGAAAAUACACUUACAGCAAGAAUUUCUACAGCUGCAACGGACUUCUUUGACUUUUCCUAAGGAAGAGAAAAACGUAGAACCAGAUGAGGUGCUAUGGCCUGUAUAUGUGGAAUUAACUAAUGGAAAAAUUUAUGGAUGCGAUUUCAUUGUCAGUGCGACUGGAGUUGUGCCAAACAUUCAACCAUUUCUUGAUGGCAAUAAUUUUGCUGUAGGUGAAGAUGGAGGUCUUAAAGUAGAUAAACACAUGCACACAUCCCUACCAGAUAUAUAUGCAGCUGGAGAUAUGUGCACGGCAUCGUGGGAACCUAGUCCAGUGUGGCAUCAGAUGAGACUGUGGACUCAAGCUAGGCAGAUGGGAUGGUAUGCAGCAAAAUGCAUGGCAGCAGAUACUUUAGGGGAAUCUAUUGAUAUGGAUUUCAGCUUUGAACUAUUUGCUCAUGUUACAAAAUUUUUCAAUUACAAGGUGGUGGUUUUGGGAAAGUACAAUGCUCAAGGCUUGGGUUUAGACCAUGAGCUGAUGCUGAGAUGUACCAAGGGACAAGAGUACGUUAAAGUAGUGAUGCAGAAUGGCCGAAUGAUGGGAGCUUUGCUCAUUGGUGAAACGGACUUAGAAGAAACCUUUGAAAACUUAAUUUUAAAUCAGAUGGAUCUUUCAGCCUAUGGUGAAGAUCUCCUGAAUCCAGAUAUUGAUAUAGAAGAUUAUUUUGAUUGAACAAAACCCCAUUUCCAUUUUGUAUAAAGAUUCAGCACCGAGUAAUGUGUCUUAUAAAACUGUUCCCUCAGGAUUACCAGAAAUGAGGGAUAAAUGUAACUCCUUAUUAAGAUUUUGUGUUGAUCUUGUCAAAAUACUGACCGGCAAAUUAAGUUAAUCUGCAUAGAAGUGCAGCAACAAAAGCAAGUGGAUUAGUGUUGGCAAAGAGUUUUCAUGUAGAUUAGAUGAGCAUAUGAGAACUGGGCUAUAACAGUCUUAAAAAGUGGGCUUCGCUGUGCUGUUAAGAUAGCACUGCAUUCACUUGAAUGGAAGGUAGCCUUCACUUUUAAAAAGAAGUAGAUAAAACGUGUUAAAUCCCAUGCCUGCCUCAUAGCUCCCUUCUUCCUCAAACCAUGCAUAAUUCACCUGCCAUGGUUACCAGAGCCCAGUUUCCCCAUGGCUUACUGCCAUGCACAUUCCUCAUCUCAACCAGCAAGCCACCCUUGUGAGCCAGGAUGCCUUGAUGUGAUGGUGCUGCCUUACCUGCCUAAAGCUACCUCCGGACUCGAGCAGUGUGAGUAUUGGCUAGCGUGGGAAAGCCCCUACUUCCUAAAACGACUUGCUCAGUUGAACAUUGACGAAGUAGUCAUGCAGUGUCACAGUCCACCAGUCCCCCUCCACCGCUCAGACCUGCAAAUACCUGGCAGAGGUUUCAAGAUUCUUAUUCCACCUAACGGUAUCAUCUCUGUCGAGCUGGCUCAGAUUAAGAGAGGACAUCUGUAGGGCACAGGGCACUACUACCUAGAAUGUGGUCUGCAAACAUAUGGCAAGAUGGAUGCUUUUUUUUUUUCACCCCCAUAAGUUUAUUUCUGAAAUAAACUUAUUUUCUACUCAGCUAAGUACAGAACACAAAAACUUUAAACAAUGAAAGCCAGGAUGAGAUGUCAGUUGAGAGCAGGGUUUUUUACUGCUUGUCACUUCAGCAGUUUAGGUAUUGUGGUAGAGCUGCACUGGUGCAUCCUGUCUGAUCUUCAGCAGGAUCAGCAUGCAGUGCACUCCAAGGGAAGGCUAAACACAGCAGCAUUGGUGGAUGUCACCUGCAGCGGUCUUCCCUGUCAGGAGCCUGUGGAGCAGGCUGCUGUAUCCAGGCUGUGGUAGAUGGUACUGGAUGCCCUUUUGAAUGUCAGUUUUGUAUCCCAAUGGGAUACUUAAUAGACAACCAUUACAGUCACUUAAUGAAAAUGUUCAUGGGGACUAUGUGUCUUGGUCACUUUCUGCCCUCUCCUCACUUCCACUGUCAUGCAUAUUGGUUCCAGGAAGGAAUUUUUGCAGUACUAAACUCCAAUUUGACUUGUGGUAACUAGUGACAAAAUAUCUACUAUUAAACUCCCGCUUGCAACUUAAGCUGUUUGUUUUCAAUCAUAACUAGCUCCCUGGCUGUAGGUUUAGUUACACAAGAUGCACUUUAAUAUUAAACAGUGAUGUGUACAUACAGGCUUGCUUCAGUCAAGUUCCUUCUUUUUUAGUUGCUAGAUGUAAUUUAGUGCCUAGGUGAUAAAGCCCAACAAUUGAAAUUAUGCCUUAAUGUCCUCUCCAUAUUCCGUAGUGCCAUGUGUGGACAUAGGUUGUUUCAUACUGGCUUUUGUUUACACUUGCUACUUGGGAGUUGCUGUUUAUUUAUGGUGAAACUGGGAACAAUUUGUUGUACUCCACUAAACACAAAGUUGCAGUAAUAUUGACACUUCUCCCAGGAAAUCACUGAUUAUUUUUUAAGAGAAUGACUGUUUAAUUAAAUGAAUUAAUUCCAUUUUUGGCAAAGGUUUCAUUUAAAUGAUGGGUGAAAUACUAAG